GUCAAACAUUAAGGUGGUGAAUUGCCUCCACUGGAGAGACAAGUUUGAUGCAGAAGAUCUUUUUGUUCCCAGGUAGUUUCAAGAAAAUAAAUUGGUGUUAUGGAAAUGUAUUUGCGCAGUUAAAUGGAGAAGGUCAUCUGAAGGGCCAGCAAAGGUUCUGGUGUGGUAAUGGAGAUGCUGAGGAUGAGGAAUGGAGGUUAGGUUGUACAUAAUGAACUAAUCUCUCAACCUCUUGGUCUGCCUUGCUCCUGUUCACAGCUCCGGAAAUAGAUACAGGAAUUGGCUUCAUUCUUCACUUUCUUCUCAGACAUCAAGCUGGACCCUAAGAGAGACAAAGUUGUUUUGAACACCUUUAUUCUCUCAGUAAUAAUGCAAGACUGAGGAGAUUUCAUUCUACCCUUAUGCUUGAAACAUAUGGAACAAUCAUUUCUGCACUGGGGGAAAAAAAAGGUUUUCCAGUCGUGUUUUCCACCGGCCAGCAAAGUGCCCCAAAAGUGUGAGUUAAGAGUUUUACAUUUGGAUUUCUUGCACAGAAAGAAACUUGUCCAGGUAACAGCUCUCUCAAGGCCUCUCACCUUGAUGAUGUCUAGAUCCCUGCAUCUCUUGCCAUCCUGGCUACUUUUGGCCUUGUGCAUCUGCCAUUCUGUGCAGAUGUCCAGCAGUGUACAGCAAAGUUUCAAGAGUGAACUCUUACACUUUUAUCAUACAUCGAUUCUUCCUGAUGGCAAGGAAAACACAAUCUAUCUCUUGAAAGACAUACCAAAAAGAUACUAUUUUGUUCUAGAGGAAGGGAGAACCUCUGCACCUCUCACAGUAAUAGUGACUCCAUGUGAUGUCCCCAUCGAGUGGAGCAUACGAGUUCAUAAGACUACAACAAAUUACUUUGGGAAAGCAGCACAGGAUCAUUUAGACAUUCAGGAUCCCCUAAAGUUUCAGAAGACCACAAGGAUGAUAUCAACUCUCUUUAGCUACAGAGGAAAUUCUGUGGAAACCUACACAGGGACCUCUUACUAUUCUGCUGUCUACAUGUUUGAAUUCCUGUCCAUUGAAAGAGACACCCACAUUACAGUGUAUCUAACUACUGACAUAACUUCUGAACGCCUGUAUCCAGAACUCCCGACAGAUCCACGCAUAGAUGUCAUUGGGAUUGGUCAUACCACAGUCACUCUAGCUUGGAAGCACAGCCCAACAGCCAUGCAGUACAAAGAGAACAUCCAGUAUUGUCUUCUGGUUAAUGAAAAACACAACUACAAGAGUUUAUGUGCAGCAGAAACGGCUAUAAGAUCAUUUGGGAAGAAAGCACCACAAGCACUGGUGCUCGCUGCCCUUCCAGGAGGACCCUUGCUUAACCCUCAGCAAGCAGUGAUAUUGUCCAGUGGUGAAUUAAGUAUCACUACCAAAGCUAGCAAUGAUGGGGUAAGGCAGAUAUGUGUUGGCACCAAAAAUGAGUACACAGUGCCCAACCUUACUCCCAAUACUCAGUAUUACUUUGAUGUCUUUGUGGUCAACUUCCUCACCAACACCAGUGCUGCUUAUACUGGAACCUUUGCCCGGACUCUUGAAGAACCUGAGCCAAAAGUGACUGACCUGAGGGAUGGGAAAGUGAUUCAACUCACUCUGGAUGGGAGAAAACAAACAUUCUACAAUUUACAGUAUCGGGCGAGGCAGAAACAGAUCCAGUUUGCCUUUCAAUCUUGCAGGGGCCAAGUACGAGUUGAAAUCUCCAAGGAUGGGAAAAUGCUGAUGUCAGAGAGCUUUGCUGGCUUGAGACACUUCAUGCUGAAGGGAAGACUGGGUGACACCUACUUGGUGCAUGUUGGGUCUACAGAGCCUUCAAAUGCCUCUGUGAAGAUGCAAGUGUCGUCUCUCUUUCACAAACCAUUUUUCCCAGUUCUCCCGGAGAGUUUAAAGAUCAAAUCCUUUAGCAAGCUGAGGACGUGUGAUUCAGUGACCAUUGCUUGGCUAGGAACACAGCAAAUGAACAAGUAUUGUGUAUACAAGAAACAGAUUGAGGAGGACCAGGUCUGGAUGGAAACAAGGAAUGCUGACAGGUGCUCAGGACCCGAGGCAAGGCAAAGAGGUGACAAAGUCCUCUGUAAAUAUUUCCAUGAACUUAAUCUACAGCGAGCAGUGACAACAGAAACCAUCAGAGGACUUGAAGCAGGGACUGUCUACUUGUUUGAUGUUUAUCUCAUUGGGUCUUCUGGGAUUCCGGUCAGGUAUUACAGUAAAGUUGUAAAGACACGGAAGAAAUGUUGAGUAUAUUUCAAUAACUGAUUCCUAAGAAACAACAGAACUGGAGAGAUGUCAUGGACAUUUAUGGCCAGCAUCAUUCAAAAUGUCCUGAGAUAAAGAACAGUGUUUAAAGCUGCAAGAUUUAAAGGAAGGAACUUAGGGUGCAACUACACUAGAAAGCUGAACCAAAUUGCUUUGCUGCAAUUUGAUUUGCAGCCCUUAUUACAUUUGAAAUCACUAUCAGUGCUCAUAUAGGGCUGUGGUUUGAUGCAGGAGUUCACCAUUCACAUAGGAUGUGAUGCAAGUCACAUUCCAACCCACAGCACCUUUCUUUCCUUCCUUCCUCUGGUCCAGCCUCUGCUGAUUCUCUUAAGUUUUUCUAUGAAGCCACUUUCUCAUUUAAAGCUUCAGGCUACUACAUUUCUGAAUUUUUUUUCUAUAAACAACAUUGAAAGAUACUUAAAAAUCUAAGUGUCUAAGAGUACAGAACAUUAAAAGAUUGAACAGUAUUUUUGUAAAAUACUGUACAUCAUAAUUAACACAACAGAAUGAUUCCUUAACUAGGAUCACAACUUUCCCCUUUCCAUCCGUUACUUUUUCCCCUUGCUUUCACAGUACUCAUACAGGAAUUACCUCAUAUCUGGUCACAUAUGGUUUUAAACUUUUGGCAUGAUAAACUAGUCCAUUUUAAAAGUUGUCAAGUAAUUAACAGCACUGACCUUUUCUUCACAAUAAAAGAUCCUUCUCACUUACUGUUUGAUAGGAUUCAGGAUGAGCACCUGAUCCCCACAUUAGAUAAUGGUGCUUUGCCUUUACAUGUCCCACUGGGCCUGAAAAUCAUGCCUCAAUUUGCCCAUAUCACCAAAACAUCAUCUACAGACACACACACUAUCUUUACAAGAAUUUAUUCGAACUAACUGCAUGGGAGAAAGCCUGUCUGAAUUGUUUCAGCUUCAAAAAGCAGAAAUCCCGAAGCAACACGGGGGAGCCACUUUUGAAACAAAAAGGGCCAAGCCAAUUCAAAUCAGUCUUUGUAUUAUGCAGUCAAUAAAAAAAAUACUUUGAAUUCACCUAUUGCAUAAGUGGAGCAAAAUGUUUGCCCAUGUAGCUGCACUCUUAGUCUAGAAUUGUAAACUUGCUCCUAUGACUUUUCCCUUUUAAAAUCUCAUCUUCGUAGUUUCACAAAGAGCACUUUAUAAAAAUGUGGCUGACCUCAAAGUAAAAGGAUUCAUCUCAAAAUUUGUGAGAUCCCAAACUAGAAAAGAGGAAUGUUAAUUUAGAUGUAUUUAAAGAAAGCACAUUUUGCAACACAUCCUUUCAAAGAACAUUCCGCUCUGGAACAAAGCCUCAUUUGCUCUAUCCUAGUUAUAGCCCUGGUCAGCAGAGUCUGAGAUAAUAUCACCAAGGAGACUGUAAUAUUAUGUGUGCUAUAGAUUGCCUCACAACUUGGCACAUGGAUGUUCUAUGGAGAUGAAUUGUUAGCAAACCUCCCUUCUUUUCUUAUGUUUGUCAAAACUGAUAGGUUAUAAUUAGACCAAUAUAGAUUUGUGAAAGCUGAGGAAAAAGAAGGCUUUCCAUACCCAUCUAACUCUUUGCAAUAUGCUGUGGUUGUUUCUGGGCUUCAUAGCCAUCACCCGUUUAAAGGGUAUGCAUUGUUAAAACAGAUAAGCACUGGCUAUCCACCUACUGAAAGGCUGUGUACGCUGGCCAGCAUAAUGUACAUUUAUGCAUAAAUGGAAGAAUAUGACACCUUGGUCAUUAUGCCUGGCAACAAAGAAUUCUGCUAUGCAGUUGGGCAAUUGGUCACAUAUCUCCAGCAUGACAAACUGUGUGAUGUAGUGAUGGAAGUGCCACACUUCCAUCUCAGUCACUACACAACUACUGUGGAUUAAACCUGAAGUUGCAUGUGCACAGUUGCGGAAGAAGAUUUUGACCAAGGUGUCAUAUUCUUACAUUUUCCCCCAAGUGGAUGUAGAAGUUUUCCAUGCCAUAUUUCCUUUUUGAAGGAGGGGAAAGUCAUAUACCAUAUUUUCCA